AUGAAGAACAACAGAUGUAUACCAAUCUCGUCCCUGGUAUUGAGGAUCCUCACUCUAGCGAAAUUACUUUCUUCUAUCGCAUUAUUUGUUACUGACAAAAUAAACUUGGGAUUGGAUGAUGAUUCCAAAGCAACCUUCAAGGAUAUCUUCGCAUACAGGUAUGUGGUUGCCAUUGCAGCAACAGGUGCAGUCUACACCUUAUUCCAGUUACCUUUCGCUAUUUACUAUGCAACCAAAGGAAAAAGAUUAAACGGAUGCUUUCCAGAGUUUGACUUCUACGGAGACAAGCUCAUCAGCUUGCUCCUGGCCACGGCUGUUGGUGCUGGUUUUGCUGUCCUUGUUGAGUUCAAUAGAACCGUGGACGGUCUGGUUGGUGAUUUCUUUGAUAAAGCAAUUAUUGCAACCGGUGUUCUAUUGGGGGCAACUAUUUGCAUGGUUGUAGUUUCAGUGCUUUCAUUUAUCAGUCGGGCCAGCAAGUAA